AAUAUCUACAAGUCGAUAGACGAGUUAUUUAUUUUUUUAAUCUUAAAAAAAAUUCUUUAAAAAUAUUUCGAAAUAAAAGUCGGCGAAAUAGUCUAGUCAAUUCACUAGUGAUGCAUUUAUCAACAGCGGGGUCUAACGGCCCCGUUGCUAGCAAUUUACAAGUAGCCUCAUCAAAAGAAUUUGCCACAGGCCCCAAAUGCGUUGUUCAUCCUCAGCAUCAAUAGAAAGAGAAAUAAGAAAAGACUCAGGUGAAUACAAUGCGGAUAUUAAAGACUUAACAACGGAGCAAGAGGAUACUGAGAAAGGAGAGGAUAAAGAAAAUAAUGAAGAAGAUAUAAUAUAUAAUAAAGAAGAUGACGGCGUUGAAAGUAAAGAAGGGUAUAGCUGUAAAAAAUCAUCAGAAUGUAUGAAAAAGAAAAAAGAUCCUCAGUAUGGAAUGGAAAAAGAGGUAGCAGAUCAAACCGUCUUAUUGAACACCAACCGUCAUUAUUAUCACCCAACACAUUACAAAGAUUUUGGAAGACGAUUUGUCCCUCAAUAUCCGUACGCUGAAGUAUUCCAAAAGAGUGACAAUCAUGAAGACAGUAGACUGUUACCCAAAAAAGCACCACCUGAGGUAGUAAUGGCGAUAGCAAAGGAAUCUGCUCAACUAGAGGCAGAGAAACCUGUCAACCCAACAGACGAAUUGUUCAAGAAAGAUCUACUGAGAACCGGCAAAUACUGGAACUCAGUUUUGGUUGAAGACGUUAAUCCGAAAGAAGUACUGAGAAACUACAGAGGGAAACAUAGAAAUUCGGGACAAGAUACGAUUGAUUCGUCUCUUGUGUUGAAAUCCGUUAAAACCAAGAUAAUGCCAGGAUCGAAGCUUUAUCAGUUGGUAUCUGUUCUCAAGCGGUACUCGCCGAAACUUCUUUAUGUAAUUAAUGAGUAACGAUAAAAAAAAAAACUUUAAUGUUGUUUAAACGAAAGGUUUAAUUUUUUCAUUUCCGGAGGUGAGAAUGUUGACUCUAAGAAGGUGGAUAGGAGUACGUUUAGGUAUAUUCAUGAAAGAUCCAAUACCCAUAUCUCUAUCCUAUCCCUAAAUUAGGAUAUUGAAUCCAAAUCUGAGAGCGAAGACUCGAAGAGAGAGAGAGAGAGAGAGAGAGAGAGUAGUAGACUACGGUUAAAUUAUCUGAACACUAUU